AUGGCCUCCCGCCCGACCGUUACGAUCAUCGGCGCCGAUGGCAAGGCCACCGGCGCCACCGAGGUCCUCCCCAAGGUCUUCGGCGCCCCCAUCCGCCCGGAUAUCGUGAAGCACGUCCACACCGGCAUUGCCAAGAACAAGAGGCAGCCGUACUCCGUCAGCGAGAAGGCUGGCCACCAGACCUCUGCCGAGUCGUGGGGUACUGGUCGCGCUGUCGCCCGUAUCCCCCGUGUCUCCGGUGGUGGUACUCACCGUGCCGGUCAGGCCGCCUUCGGUAACAUGUGCCGCUCCGGCCGCAUGUUCGCCCCUACCAAGGUCUGGCGCAAGUGGCACGUCAAGAUCAACCAGGGCCAGAAGCGUUUCGCUACUGCCUCCGCUCUUGCUGCCUCCGCCGUGGCUCCUCUCCUCUUCGCCCGCGGCCACCAGGUUUCCACCGUCCCCGAGGUCCCCCUCGUUAUCGACUCCUCGGCCGUUGCCGGCGAGGCCGUCGCCAAGACCGCCGCUGCCCUCAGCCUCCUCAAGGCCGUCGGCGCCGGUGCCGAUAUCGAGAAGGUCAAGGGCUCCAAGAAGGUGCGUGCCGGUAAGGGUAAGCUCAGGGGCCGUCGCCACCGCCAGCGCCGCGGUCCCCUCGUCGUCUACAGCGCCGAGGCCGACGGCAAGGACCUGGUCAAGGGCUUCCGCAACAUCCCCGGUGUCGAGACAUCGCCCGUGGACGCGCUCAACCUCCUCCAGCUCGCCCCCGGUGGCCACCUCGGCCGCUUCAUUGUAUGGACCUCGGCUGCUAUCAAGGAGCUCGACGCCAUCUACGAGAGCAAGAAGGGCUUCUUCCUGCCCACCAGCGUCGUCGCCCAGGCCGAUCUUACCCGUCUCAUCAACAGCUCCGAAAUCCAGAGCGUCCUCCGUGCGCCCAAGGGCGAGGCCCGCACCAAGCGCGGCGCCGUGCAGAAGAAGAACCCGCUCAAGAACAAGCAGGUGCAGCUUCGCCUCAACCCCUACGCCAAGGCUUUUGCUCAGGAGAAGCUGGGCGAGGCCAAGGCCGAGGAGGGCAAGCCCCCGAAGCCCACUGUUGCCUUCAAGGAGCAGCUCCAUGAGGUGUAA